UUUUGUAUAUGUGACGUACUAACUUUCAUUUGCGCAUGCGCGUCUAUAACACGUGAAGCGCACAGCAUGGCUGAUAAAGCAGAAGUUGUGUUGGAUCUCGUACAGGUGAAAAAGGCCGUCCAAGCUCUGCAGGCUUUCUUGAAAACCAAAUCUACCCCCGAUUUUCUGCUCCUGGAUGAGACUCAGCAGAUCAGUCUGCUUUUCACCCUCUGGAAGAUCCCCAGACAGGCACAGACCAUCCGCAUUCCCUUGCCCCAUGGCCAGCGGCACGACACAGAUGAGGUUUGCCUCUUCACCAGAGAUGAGCCCAACAUGACCUCAGAGCAGACCCAGAGGUUUUAUAAGAAGCUGCUAGAGGAAAAGGGUGUCAAAAACAUAUCUGAGAUCAUCCCCUACAAGGUCCUGAAAACGGAGUACAAACCUUAUGAAGCCAAGCGUCGCCUGCUGGGGAACUUUGACAUGUUCCUUUCUGAUGACCGUAUCCGGCGCCUGCUGCCGUCCCACCUCGGAAAACAUUUCUACCAAAGAAAGAAAGAGCCGCUGUGUGUGAACCUGCAGAGCAAACAUCUGGCCAGAGACGUACACAGAGUCAUUCAGGGCACCAGCCUGAAAGUUACCAACAAGGGCUGCUGCUGUAUGGCCCGUGUCGGCCACUCCGGCAUGACUGCAGAUGAGGUGACAGAAAAUGUUGAGGCCGCUGUCCAGGCGGUGGUGGCCAAAAUACACAUGAAAGGACCGGUGAUGAAGCUCAUCCAUAUAAAAAGUCAAACAUCAGUGGCUUUGCCCAUCUACACCUCAGACCUGAGCCUCCUCAGCGUGGGGAAGGAAGCAGAUAAGCAAGCUCAGACCCCUGAAGAAGAGGGAGCUGCAGACAAAAAACAGGCAAAGAAAAAACAGACAAAGGGCAAAAAACAAACAGGUGGUACUGCAAAGGAACAGGGGGAGAAGAAGGUGAAGGAAAAGAAAAAGAAGGCGGAGGCAGACGAUGAGGAGGAAGAAAUCCCACAGCUGGUUCCCAUAGAAACACCAAGCAAGAAGCCUAAAGUGGAGAAGCUAUUGAAAAAGAAGCAGCUGGAGAAAGCACCCCGACCUGCCGCGGUGACAAAGGGAGGAAAAACUCAGGGCAAACGGACACAGAAGGCUGACGCCAGAGCGAAAAGAAAAGUGCCUAAAGUGAAAUGAGUCACAGAGCGUCUUUGCACAUUACCUUCUGAACAAGGACAGGACCAGUUUGCAGAAUAAUCAGAGUAGUGUAUGUCUGUAUGGUGCUUUUUGUGCGUUUUUUUUUUUUUUUUUGCUUGAACAAAGCAGAUUAUAAACUUGAUUUGAUACCACAGUGUCUAAGGCUGAGUUGCUUUCUCUACAGGCUUUAUAGCAAUGGUCCUAGCAGGCCUAUGUCAUGACAGUGGCUAUAAAAUGCUCCACGGCCUCGGUCAGCUGGUCAGUUUAUAGUAUCUUUGUGAGGUGUUGCAAAAAUAUUGUACUUGUCCUUUUUGACCUAAAAAUAAUAGUCGGAGUUUCUCUGAUUCCAGCAUAUGUAAGAUGUUCUGCAAUGGCAAAAAAAAUUUCUCUGCAGUAAUUUGGAUAUUUGAGUAAUUUUUGAAGUAAUGUAGCAGGGAGAAUAAUUGGCUUAAUUGUUUCAUGAAUUUCUUAAACCAAAUUGGCAAAAAAAAACUGGCUGCAUCUCCUAAACCGUAUUAGCUGCUUUUAUGUCAUUGUAGUUUUUUAUUUCAAUGAAGAAAGUAAUCCUAGUUGUAGCCCUACUAUUUUAAACAUCCAUUGUGGAGUGUUGGAUGGACAGAACAGUUGAUGACGUUACAUUUAGAAACU